UCAGAAUCAUCUACGCACCUCACUGAUCAAAAGGCUGCCCCCCGUAGGACUCCGCAAUACGCCCUGCGAGGUCCGACAUUGCACGAUACCAUGGACUCCAUAUUUGCUUCAGCUGACUUCUCUUCUCAAUCCCCCGCCGCCACACGGCGCUUGUCAGCGUCUUCCGCUGCACCUUUAAAGCUGCGCGACAGUUGCGACGCGUGCGCCGCAUCCAAAGUCAAAUGCCACAAAGAAAAGCCCGUGUGUUCGCGGUGUGCAAAAAGAAAUAUACCGUGCAAGUACGUCGCGACCAAACGUGCUGGUCGCAAGCACGAAAAUCGGCUAAGUGGCACCUCGUCUGGAGCCCCAUCUCUUAAUGCUCAAGUGACGGCGAGCCACGCGCUGGCGGGGUCGAAUUGGCCAAUUACUCCCUCGACGGCUUCUGGGAGCGACUACUUUACAUCAUCCAACACUAUCGAAGCUUCGCUUGGGCUGGACGCAUGCGGGAGCUCGUCGGAGGCCUUUUCCAGCCUCCUGUCACCGGUGGACGCCUCAAUAUUUUCUACGCUACAUGACUUGGAUACCGACUUCGACAGCUUCUUCGCCUCACCCCUGCCGCUUCCCAUUCCUGAAACUGGUACCGAAAACGCGGACCCGGAUCUACUGGGCGAGUCGCGCUUCUUUUCUGGAGGAAACACCCCGAAUAGCGCCAGUGCCGCGAAGCCGGUCAGGAUCGACGAUACACUCACCGUUCUCGAGGAAGCAGUCGGUGAGCUACCGUCCUUCUUCAAUCAUCGCUCUCCAUCCAGCGAUGGGAGACUCUCCGGGGUCGAUCGUCCGCCAUCUCAGGGAUCAAGUGUCCCGCCGCACUCGUGCUGCUGCCUUAUGCGGGCCCUGGAGCUUCUACGCAAACUCUUCCCCGCUCCCUCGGCAUCCUGCAGAAUCGCAAAGAAGGACGCCUUCGACAACAGGAACCAGAACCCGACGGUUCAAGCAGUAAUAGCCGAAAACGAGAGCACUAUCUCCGCUCUCAACGACAUGCUCGAGUGUCCGUGCUCGGAGGAUGGGUAUCUACUGGCGAUUAUCUCACUGGUCGUUUUCAAAGUCAUGGGAUGGUAUGCAGCAGCAGCUGGGAGGGCCCCGGCUAAUGAAGACGACGGCGAAGUUUCAGUGCCGACGGGGCGCAGCUCCCGGAGCUCCUCCGUUCACCGAGAGCAGGUCCUUCAACGGCCAGAAGUGGUGGGCAACUACCGCCUCGGUGGUAAGGACUCAGACCGAAUGGCGGCGCAGCUUGUCCUUAGUGAGCUACAUCGUGUCCAGCGGCUGAUAAACCGCCUAUCCGAGAAGCUUAAAGUAAAAGUGUCGUGCGAAGGCUUGGAGACGCCCAACAGCGCGGCCAGUGGGCAGAUUGCCCGGACAUUCAGCAACCCAACCUUACCUUUUUCCCCCGCCAUGCUGGACCAUCUCGACACAGAUCUUCGCAGGCGUCUCCGCGCGCUAUCACUUGAUAUUGUGGAGACCCUAAGACGCGACUCAUGACCCAAUAUACCUACGUACCCUUCCAGGCCUCUUGACCGCAGAUAAGUCGAGAUAGGCACCUUUCUUGAUACUUCUAUCGAUGCGAAAGCUGGAGAGCUUAGAAGCAUAUUAACUGGACGGUUAUGUAGAUAGAUUGUCAUUUAUUCUGGUUCUUCACAUAUCUUUCUUUAUUGAUGUCCUGUCACGCGAUAUGUUCAUGUAAAAUAUCAGAAGCAUACUUUUCAG